UGUGUUGCCGAGACAUUUGUCCGCCUAACACCGGAAGCGGAAAUAGACGACAAAGUAAGUUCCAACACUUAGCUGCUGGCAAAGUUCGUCGCUUUGUUUUUGUGGAAACGGUGAUGUACGCCUAAUCUAAACCGCCGCUUAUUUUCCUGAAUUGACGAACAAUGGCCAAAGAAAAGCGACACAAGAGAAGGGAUUCACCGGAAGUGAAAGUUAAGGUGAAACAAGAGAAGCUGAGCCCGGAGAGGCCGCGAAAAACACGCCGCUCACCAAGCAGCAACACAAGUCCACCUAGGAGGAGACCGAGCAGGUCACCUGGCAGGACAAGGGACCGACGAGGCAGCAGAAGCCCUCGAAGGAGAAGCCGAAGUCCGCAUCGUAAUGCUGAUGUCAAGUUAAAGCGGGAGCGUGAAGAGCACCGCUCUGCCGGAGAUGACCACAGAAGAAGAAACGAGCUGCCGGAGGAAAGGCGUAGCAGGUGGGAAUCAGACCGGCCUCAGGAGAGAGACCGCAAUGGCGGCCGACGCCGGGAAAGGGACGCAGCAUCUUCCCAGCAGGCCGAGCGUCGGCACCAUGAUGAGCAGCGCAGGGAAAACCGUCGGCAGCGUGAGGAAAACCAAGAGUUUGAUUUUGGGCAACCCAACAGCGGAGGUAACAGCCCGUCUGCGCCUCCUGCUGACAAGGAGAAACCAAACUUUGGUCUGUCGGGAGCGCUUACGGAAGACACAAACACGUUCCGCGGAGUUGUUAUUAAAUACAAUGAGCCGCCCGAGGCUCGCAUUCCCAAACGGCGGUGGCGGCUGUACCCUUUCAAGAACGACGAGCAACUUCCAGUCAUGUACAUUCACAGACAGAGUGCCUAUCUGAUGGGACGACAACGCAAAAUUGCCGACAUUCCCAUUGAUCAUCCAUCCUGCUCCAAGCAGCAUGCAGUAUUCCAGUACAGACUUGUGGAGUUCACACGGGCCGACGGCACCACGGGGCGCCGGGUGAGGCCGUACAUCAUCGACCUGGGCUCGGGCAACGGUACUUACCUUAACAACCAGCGCAUUGAGGCACAGCGUUACUACGAGCUCAAAGAGAAGGACGUGCUCAAGUUCGGCUUCAGCAGCCGCGAAUAUGUCCUCCUGCACGAGUUCUCCGACACCAGCGAGGUGGAUGCUCAGCAAGUGGAAGAAGACGACGACGAAGGCCUUGACGAAGUUACUAACGAAUCAGCAAGUUAAUUUUUUUUUUUUAAUCUGUGGGAACAGUUAACUACAAUACUAUUGUGUAUAGAUUGAUGUAUUCCCUUUUUUUAAUUUUAUCUGAUCAGAGGGCUCACAGCGGUAAAUGUACAUUUACAUUUUUGUACUGUAAAUAAAGUCUGUGAAGUAUUCA